CAAGAAAUAAGGCCGAUUGCAAAGGACGAAGCAACGAGGAGAAUAUGAACCGGAUAUGUGCUGAAAGUUUUGCUUCUUCAGUGUUCAUAGUUCAGUGUUGGCGGUCGCUUGGUCAGAGUCAGCUGUGAGAAGUGGAGACGAGCUCCUGCGUCAGUCGGGCCAUCGGGGAAUUCAGCGGGCACGAUGAAGGCCAUGCAAAGUGUCAACGUCGCCUUGGUGCUGGCCUCCCUGACCUCAGCCUUCAACCUCGAACCUCGAGAGUCGAUCAUUUUCAGCGCCAGGACGAGCGGCCAAGUUCCUGGAGGCCGAGGUUCUUACUUUGGGUUCUCGGUCGCCCUUCACUCCCUUGCCAGCGAGAACAGAACUUGGGUGGCGGUGGGCGCUCCGAGGGCCAACUCCUCCUUCUACGACCCAGAAGAGAUCACAGAGCCCGGAGCCAUCUUCAAGUGUGACCUGGACAGUAGACUUUGCGAGGAGCUCAUCAUUGACAAACAAGGGAAUCGCGAGACCCCGAACCCUCACAGCGACUUCCUGCAACACGACCUGAAGAACGGUGGGUGGCUUGGAGGCGCCAUGGACUCGCAGCCGACGUCAAAAGCCGGCCGGCAGUGCUUGGGGGUGUGUGCGCCGAGAUGGAAGAACCAGGUGUAUGGAGAAAUCCGGAUGAACGGAGCCUGUUACUGGCUCGAUGCCUCGCUCCCCAACGCCACGGCUCAUAAAAAGUUGCCUCUCUUGCAGCUCAGCAAGCAGUGGUCCUACGGCAGUGGAAGUGCCGGAUUUUCCAUUCACUUCCCAGAGGACCCGACGGAGAUGAUAGUAGGUGCUCCCGGGGUCUUGACAUGGCGAGGAACAGUCAUCCGUUUCAAGAACACUAAGCCCAUAAUCUUUGACGAUUCUUCCCGACGUCGUCGUCGUCGUCGUCAGUCAAUGGCAUCAGAACGUCAUAUGUUUUCAUCAGAGUUCGUGAUGAAUGCAAACAACACGUCCAUAGUAAAAAAUGAUCUUUUGGGCUACUCUGUGACGUCUGGUAACUUCCUGUCACCCGAUAAGAUUCUCUACGCAGCAGGGGCCACUCGUGGGGCCAACUCUCUCGGGAGGGUGAUUUUGUUUGAUUUUCCUCAAAGUGAACAUAUGGAAAUGAUAGAACUCUAUAAGUGGGACGGCACGCAGAUUGGAGAAAACUUUGGGGCAUCACUUGUGGCUGCCGACAUCACUGGUGAUGGACUUAGUGACCUGGUGGUUGGUGCGCCCAUGUACUCCAUGCCCGAUGCUUCUGAUAUGGGAAAGGUUGUGGUGUAUAAAACCACAAGGCAACAAGGCCAAGCCACAAUGGAAUCAUCAGACAGACAUUACUAUGGAAGUGCCAAAGCCGAGGCUAGAUUUGGCACCACUCUGGCUGCAUGUGGAGACCUUAACCAAGAUGGAUUCCAAGACAUAGCAGUGGGUGCCCCUUGGGAAGACGGUCACGGAGCUGUGUACAUUUAUCUCGGUUCUCCACAAGGUCUGAGGGCGAGGUUCUCCCAGCAUCUCCUGCCGCAGCACUUCUCUGUGCCUUUCUCGGGUUUUGGCAUGUCCAUCUCCAGAGGCAUCGAUAUCGACGGCAACGGGUAUCCUGACUUAGCCAUCGGCAGUUUCCUCUCCGGCCACGCAGCGGUUCUGAAAAGUCGACCGGUGGUGGAGGUCACAGCUAGCAUAACCUCGAUGCCAUUAAGUGUAGCUCUCACUGAUACUUCGCUCAAAUUGCGUGUCUGUUUCAACUACAAGGAUCGUUUAGAUGUCGGUAUCAAAGGUAACAUCACUUUAGACUACAAGUUCAUGUCUCCUCGAGCUUUCUUCCCAGACACCAACUCCUACAGGAAGGAUUUCAAGCAAAAAGACCAAAGGUGCAAAGACUACUUGAUUACACUGAAGGAGGAUAAGUUUGACGCCCGGGAACCAAUUUCGGUGAGAGCUGAGUGGGAGCUGGACCAUUCCCAAUCUACUAAUCUUUUUUCACAACCGGUGAUGGAUCCCAGUCAGCCUACGACAGUGACAGGACGGGUGGGCAUACUUACAGGCUGUGAGACGGACGGCGACGAGACCUGCCGUGUGGAUCUUGGAGUUAAAGCCACAUCUUCCAACCAAGAGAGGGCGUCUGUGAUUGGUAGCGAGUACAAACCCUCCGUGACAAUAAGUGUGUUCAACAAAGGAGAACCUGCCUUCCUUCCCAAUGUUGCAGUCAGCGUGGACCCUCCCCUCGCCCUGCUGCUCCCCUACACACACAGCUGUUACUUCCCUUCAGAAGACAGAUCCUUCCUCACAUGUCAACUCAGGAAUCCAAUUAUGUCUGGCGAGAAGGAUGAGGUAAAAGUCACUCUGGAUACGAGCCAACUGGACGACCGAGCUACAAACAGCCCCUUCAGAGUGCAAGUGGCGGGCGAGGGCACGGAGACACGCCCUCAGGAUAAUGCCAUAGUUUAUAACCUGCAGAUGGGUGCCAGCGCAUCUCUUGAACUUAAUGGUUAUUCUAGAGAAGAGCAGAUUAUAUACCAGCGCCUCGGAGACCAAAUGAACACGACCGUCACACCGAAAUUCUCGCAUUUAUUUUUGCUGAUGAAAGAGGGACCAACUCCUCUCAGCGAAGUGGAGUUGACUGUGGAUAUUCCUGUGAACUUUACAACGCGUGGGAAGUCUGUGAAAUUUCUCAACAUCCAUGAGCUUAAGACAAACUUCCGGCAGCAGAAGUUCUAUUGUUCUCUUACGGGCGCCUCAUAUGUGCCCGACGAAGAAGCAGGAGGAGAGGUGGAAGGAGGCUCAGCGGUCCUGGCAGAUAGCGGUCGCCAAACAAAGCAACAGCAGGGAACUCCUACCAUGCGCGGCAAAGAAACUUCACUGGAGUCAGCCAGUCUGAACUGUUCGAAUCCAAUGGUGAGUUGUGCUCGACUCUCAUGCUUAGUCAAGUCAUGGCCGUCCUUGAGUAGCGUUGCCAAUGUCACCGUCAAGCUGUCCCUCAACCUCAGCGUCCUGGCUCGCCACAUCUCGGCGAAAGGAGCUGUCUUGAAGAGUUUUGCAAGGGCAAAGAUCUUGUCACUAAAUCCUGAGCUAAGUUUUGUUGGGAAAAAUCUUCCAUUCCUUCAGAGAGACCGAUUUUGUUGUGAUGACGCAAGUGCAGCCGAACAGCCCACCUGGGAAAGGUGUUCCUUGGUGGGUCAUCUUGUUGGCUCUGCUGGGUGGUCUCCUGCUCCUCUCUCUCCUCGCUUAUGGCCUCUACAAGGCUGGAUUCUUCAAGAGAAAAGAACUUGAAGAAAUGAAAGCUCAACGUGCUCAGGUAGACUCCAGCAACGUUAACGCUAGUCUGGUUGAGGAAUAAGUGACCAACCUAAAACCCUAUCACUCUUUUAGUUGUUACCACGUGUCAUCAUAAAGCUCAGCAAGAAUUGCUAAAAUAUUAAGCUUGAUAAUAAGACCAUUUCGUAAGAAGAUCCAAGGUCUUUAGACUGAGAUUACUAUGAAGCAGAUAAAUUAUUCCAUUCUUCAGAGUAUCUCCGUGAUGAAGCUUUCAGUUCCUGAUAUAUCUCCAAGAUAAGACUUUCAAUUCCUCAUUCUAAAAGAAGUGGCACUCUGUAAGUGAAGAUUGAUAUAAAAUGAAACAAAACCCUCCCACAUUGCUUUUAUUUAGGCAAUGAUUAUUGGGAUUUUCAUAGCACUCUAUGGUGUGUCAUUUAUGUAUGUUUAGGAUCCACUCUUAAGACUCUGGGACUAAGUUCAGACCAGGUAUCAUCGCCCUUUAUCCAGGUCUAGAGGUGCUAGCUGGGGAAGUAGGGCAGCUAGACAAAAUACUUUUUUGCCCAGAUCCUGUAUUUUUUUGUCAGACUUAUAUGCCACACGCAAAAAUGCGAACUGGGGUGUAAUAAUACUGUUACCAAAACAGGAAGCCAGGAUUCAGGAUUGAGGCUGGCUAAUGGUACCCUGGCUUUUGCUUGUUGGCGAACCGCACCUGUUCCUUAGGUGUGGGAUUCGCUUCCCUAUUAUUCUUUUCUAUAAUUGUGAGUCUGAUGAGGUAUGGUGCAGUGAGACACUGCUAACACUGGAGAUUAUCUAACUAUAUGUUGAAGAUACGAAAUACAGCUUCAUGAGAUAAAUGGUCUUCCGUUAGAUCUUCCCAAUGAGGUUAUAUGGUAUUGUGCACAUGGUACAUAUAUCAAGUGUAAGACAUGCAAGAUACGUGAACAGUCUGUGCUAACUCACCCAUAUAAUCUGCACUCAGUGUCACAUAACAAGAUUCAGUAGAAAUUCUAUCUUCGAAAUUUCUGCCAUGCAUCUGUGUUGUAUUGUUGUAUGCAUGCACUGACUGACUAUCUGACACACACACACACACACACACACACACACACACACACACACACACACACACACACACACACACACACAAACACACAAACACACACACACACACACACAUUGACUGACUGAAAUACACAUUGACAAAUAAAAUAGAUUGACAAAUCCUCAUUUUAAUCGCACGAAUGACAAAGUUCUUCCAACGAAUUACCGUACAUGAAAAUCCUUCAAUUUAUAGUAGAAUCCCUUGUCUGUAUAAAUAUCCAUUUGAUAAAAGGUCUGUAAUCAAUAAAAAAUAA